AUGAGAAAUCAUACCGCAAUAACAACAUUCAUCCUGUUGGGACUGACGGAUGAUCCCAAACUACAAAUUGUGCUUUUCGUAUUUUUGUUUCUCACCUACAUGUUAAGUGUAACUGGGAACCUCACCAUUAUCACCCUCACACUUUUAGACCCCCACCUCAAAACUCCCAUGUAUUUUUUUCUCCGAAAUUUCUCUCUCUUAGAAGUCUCCUUCACUACUGUCUGUAUUCCCAGAUUCCUGUACACGAUGACAACUGGUGAUAAUACUGUUACCUAUAAUGCUUGUGCCACUCAAUUAUUUUUUGUUGUCCUCUUUGGAGCAACAGAAUUUUUUCUCCUUGCCGCCAUGUCCUAUGACCGCUACGUGGCCAUUUGUAAGCCACUGCAUUACACAACCAUCAUGAACAACAGAGUUUGCACUAUACUUGUUCUCUGCUGUUGGUUUGCUGGCCUACUAAUCAUCCUCCCACCACUUGGCAUAGGCCUCCAGCUCGAAUUCUGUGACUCAAAUGUGAUUGAUCAUUUUGGCUGUGAUACAUCUCCCAUUCUGCAGAUAACCUGCUCAGAUACAGCAUUUUUAGAGAGAAUCGUCUUGAGUUUUGCCAUACUGACUCUCAUUAUCACCCUGGUGUGUGUAGUCCUCUCCUACACAUAUAUCAUCAAGACCAUUCUAAAAUUUCCUUCUGCCCAACAAAGGAAAAAAGCCUUUUCUACUUGUUCUUCCCAUAUGAUUGUGGUUUCUAUCACCUACGGCAGCUGCAUUUUCAUCUACAUUAAGCCUUCAGCAAAGGAAGGAGUGGCCAUUAAUAAAGUGGUGUCUGUACUCACUACUUCGGUGGCCCCUUUGCUCAACCCGUUUAUUUAUACACUUCGGAACAAGCAAGUCAAGGAAGCCUUCAUGAACACAGUAAAACGGAUUGCUUUUUUUAUGAAAGAGUAA